AUGUGUCGCAUUUGGCUGGUAUUGAUGGACUGGGCAGCUUCCCCCUAUAAUUGUGACACCACACUCGCCGUCCGCCGUUCGCCGCGCGAGGUUAGCCGCAGCUUCCCGCUCGCCGCUCGCGUGCCCUCCCUCUCGCGUUCGCCUCCCCGCGCGCUCUCCUCUCGCUUUCCCCGCGCGGCCUCCUCACGCCUCCCCGCGCGCUCGACUCUCGCUUUCCCCGCGCUGCCUCCUCUCGCCUCCACGCGCGGCCUGCUCUCGCCUCCACGCGCGGCCUCCUCUCGCCUUGCCGCGCGGCCUCCUCUCGCCUUGCCGCGCGGCCUCCUCUCGCCUUGCCGCGCGUUCUCCUCUCGCCUCCCCGCGCGUUCUCCUCUCGCCUCCCCGCGCGUUCUCCUCUCGCCUCCCCGCGCCUGCUCCUCUCGCCUCCCCGCGCCUCCUCCUCUCACGUCCCCGCGCCUCCUCCUCUUGCCUCCCCGCGCUCUCCUAACGCCUUCCCACGCGCGCGACUCUCGCCUCCCCGCGCUCUCCUCUCGCCUCCCCGCGCUCUCCUCUCUCCUCCCCGCGCUCUCCUCUCGCCUCCCCGCGCGUGCGACUCUCGCCUCCCCGCGCUCUCCUCUCGCCUCCCCGCGCGUGCGACUCUCGCCUCCCCGCGCGGCCUCCUCUCGCUUUCCCGCGCAUGGAAUGCCGAGCCAGCGUCGUCGGCUUCACCCUGCCUCCCGUCGCUGCCUCUCCGCGUCUCGGCGGCCUCCUUUCGCGAGCUGCAUUCGGAUAAGGCCCUCGGCCCCCUCUCACUCUCUUGCAACGGCUGUGCUUCCGCAUCCCCGCUGCACCCCCCUUGAACGCCCUCACUUCCCCACCUGUACGCCCUCGUUUUCCCUCCCUGCUUGCCCUCGUUUCCCCACCUUUCACGCCCUCAUUUUCUCCCUUGUACGCCUUGUUUUCCCCCUUGCACGAUCGCAUUUCUCCCCCUGCUUGCCCUCAAUGCUCCCCUGCUUGCCCUCAUUUCUCCCCUUCUCCUCUUCCCGCCACCCCCACUCCUCCUCCCGCCAUGCCUUCUCCUCCUCCCGCCACCCCCUCUCCUCCUCCCACCAUGACUUCUCCCACCAUGCCUUCUCCCCCUCCCACCAUGCCUCCUCCCCCUCCCGCCGUGCCUUCUCGUCCUCCCGCGACUCUCGUCCUCCCGCCACUCCUGCUCUUCCUCCUUCAUCUCCCCCCCUGCCUCCCACCAUUUCCCCGCCUGCUUCCCCUAUUUUCCCCCUCUGCUCCUCUUUCCCCAUCUUCUCAACUUUCCCACCUCCGCUCUUUUUCCCCCUCUGCUUCUCUUCUUCCCCCUGUUCUCCUCUUUUCCCUCACUGCUCCUCUUUCCCCCCUCUGUUCCUCUUUUUCCCCCCUACUUUACUUUCCCCCUCUGCUCCUCUUUCCCUCUCUGCUCCUCUUUCCCCCCUCUGCUCAUCCUUUCCCUUACUGCACCUCUUUCCACCCACUGCUCCUCCUUUCUUCCUCUGCUCUCAGUUUUCCCCCCUGCUUCUCUUACCCUCUCUUCUCCUCUUUUCCCCCUCAAAUCCUCCUUGCCAUCCGCACUUCCCCCGUCCCCUCUUAUUCCUCUCCCUUCCCCGCCAGCUCACUCACCCCGCAGACGGGGGGGGGGGAAUGAGAGGAGGGAGGCAUGUAGGGGGGGGGAAUGAGAGCAAGUAUCCGCGCUCCUCCUCCCCUCCUCCUUAUCCGCGCUCCUCCUCCCCUCCUCCUUAUCCGCGCUCCUCCUCCCCUCCUCCUUAUCCGCGCUCCUCCUCCCCUCCUCCUUAUCCGCGCUCCUCCUCCCCUCCUCCUUAUCCGCGCUCCUCCUCCCCUCCUCCUUAUCCGCGCUCCUCCUCCCCUCCUCCUUAUCCGCGCUCCUCCUCCCCUCCUCCUUACCCGCGCUCCUCCUCCCCUCCUCUUUAUCCGCGCUCCUCCUCCCCUCCUCCUUAUCCGCGCUCCUCCUCCCCUCCUCCUUAUCCGCGCUCCUCCUCCCCUCCUCCUUAUCCGCGCUCCUCCUCCCCUCCUCCUUAUUUGCGCUCCUCCUCCCCUCCUCCUUAUCCGCGCUCCUCCACAUCCCUUCCUUCCCUCCUCACAUCCCUGCCUUCCCUCCUCACAUCCCUGCCUUCCCUCCUCACAUCCCUGCCUUCCCUCCUCACAUCCCUGCCUUCCCUCCUCACAUCCCUGCCUUCCCUCCUCACAUCCCUGCCUUCCCUCCCAUAG